UCUUAUAUAUACUACCGUUAGCAUUAUCUCUUGCUUUAGAUGUCACAGUUUUAAAGAUGAAGAGACAAUCAUCGUCUUCUAGCCGGAGGCAAAACUCCAUUGGUUGCAUGUGUGCCAUUUCCAACCUUCUUUUCAAGCACUAUAAUCGCUCAAAAUUUCUUAUUUCUGGGAAAAAGCAGGCAAAGGAGGCACCAGAAUCUGCAACGAAAGCCCCUGAACAAACGCUAAAAGCUGCAAAUCUUCCAAGGAGUCCAACGCUGGCGGCAGAGUUACGGCGGUCAAACUCCGUUGAGACUCCUCCUAAUACGCUAGUGGCCAGGUUGAUGGGAGUAGAUAAGUUUCCUAGGACCCCAGAAUCCACCGCCAACAAGAGAAGGAAGUUGCUUUGUGCUCUGGAGAAGUGUGAUGAGGACUUGAAGGCCCUUCAAAGGAUCAUUGAACUUGUCAACACAAGCGUCAGCGUUGAACACAACAGUGAGAGACGAACGCUACAACAUCAUCAGAAGCAGCAACUUAAGAAGAAACCGGGACAAGAGGACACCGCAGGCGCCUGCUGCUUCUUAGAUAGAUUCACAAAGGAAUCAAUUGACGAUGCAAGAAGCCAUCAGGAUGAUGCAGGGUCGCCAUUGUGGAGAAGCAAGGCCAUGAUACAGAGCGUGGAUGAAGUGUGCAAGGAUAUUGCAUGGGGUGAAAGGCGGGAGAUUGGCAGAAUAGGCUUUGCGUUGCAAGAUCAAAUUUCCAAAGAUUUGAUAGACGAGAUUGUUAGAGAAAUGGGGCACCGCUUCACCUAUUCGCUUCCCUUUGAAGCAUGUAAAAGAGGAUUGGCUUUCUAAUUGGACCAUAUGUAUUGUGCCUCUGUUGAGACAAAUUAUGAGUACAAGCUUGCCAAAUCUAAUUUUGA